CUGACGAAGGCUUGUGAAGCUGAGAAGACAAAUUGCCCUCAUCAUUAUCUCUGGGCUUGUCAAUCAAAUAUAUUCCCUUAUUUACCUCAGCGAGGAGAGAGCCCCGGGAGCACACGGAGAGGGAGGGAGCGAGAGGAGAGCUGCUUGCCCCAAACUCCGCACCGGGAGGGAGCAUUUCCAGCCCCUCAGGAUGGCCACCAUCACCUGCAAUCGCUUCACUGAGGAGUACCAGCUCUUUGAGGAACUGGGCAAGGGCGCUUUCUCCAUUGUCCGGAGAUGCGUGAAGGUGUUGGCAGGACAAGAGUAUGCGGCCAAGAUCAUCAAUACCAAGAAGCUCUCUGCUCGAGAUCACCAGAAGCUGGAACGGGAAGCCCGGAUCUGCCGUCUCCUGAAGCACCCCAACAUUGUGAGGCUCCACGACAGCAUCUCUGAAGAGGGCCACCAUUACCUGAUAUUUGACCUGGUCACCGGCGGGGAGCUGUUUGAGGACAUCGUGGCCAGGGAGUACUACAGCGAGGCGGAUGCCAGCCACUGCAUCCAGCAGAUCCUGGAGGCCGUGCUGCACUGCCACCAGAUGGGGGUGGUUCACCGGGAUCUGAAGCCCGAGAACCUGCUGUUGGCAUCCAAGCUGAAGGGUGCUGCCGUCAAGCUGGCUGACUUUGGCCUCGCCAUCGAGGUGGAGGGCGACCAGCAAGCGUGGUUUGGUUUCGCCGGCACCCCGGGAUACCUCUCCCCCGAGGUGCUCCGGAAGGAUCCCUAUGGCAAAGCCGUGGAUCUGUGGGCUUGCGGUGUCAUCCUCUACAUCCUGCUGGUUGGGUACCCACCCUUUUGGGAUGAAGACCAACACCGACUCUACCAGCAGAUCAAGGCUGGGGCUUACGAUUUCCCCUCCCCUGAAUGGGACACGGUCACUCCUGAAGCAAAAGAUCUCAUCAACAAGAUGUUGACCAUAAACCCAUCCAAGCGCAUCACGGCAGCGGAGGCUCUGAAGCACCCCUGGAUAUCGCACCGUGCCACCGUGGCGUCAUGCAUGCACAGGCAGGAGACUGUGGACUGUCUGAAGAAGUUCAAUGCCCGGAGGAAGCUGAAGGGAGCCAUCCUCACCACCAUGCUGGCCACCAGGAACUUCUCCGGAGGCAAAAGUGGUGGCAACAAGAAGAAUGACGGCGUGAAGAAAAGAAAGUCCAGUUCCAGCGUUCAGUUAAUGGAAUCGUCGGAGAGCACCAACACCACCAUUGAGGAUGAAGACACCAAAGUACGGAAGCAAGAAAUCAUUAAAGUCACAGAGCAGCUGAUUGAAGCAAUAAGCAAUGGAGACUUCGAGUCCUACACGAAGAUGUGUGACCCUGGAAUGACUGCUUUUGAGCCUGAGGCUCUGGGCAACCUUGUGGAAGGCCUGGAUUUCCACCGAUUCUACUUUGAAAACUUGUGGUCCCGGAACAGCAAACCCGUGCACACGACGAUCCUGAACCCCCACAUCCACCUGAUGGGGGACGAGUCUGCCUGCAUCGCCUACAUUCGCAUCACGCAGUACGUGGACUCUGGAGGGAUCCCCCGCACUGCCCAGUCCGAGGAGACCCGCAUCUGGCACCGCCGGGAUGGCAAAUGGCAGAUUGUUCACUUCCACAGAUCCGGCGCGCCCUCGGUCCUACCGCAGUAAGCCCUCUGAAGUGUGGCCCUGCCCGUGUUGGGUUUGUCACUGACUGACUACCAAGGGGAGACCCCCUCCGACAUGUUCACCUACGGGACUUUGGCUGUUGGCUCUGCUGCUUGGUUCCCGCUGGAAUAACCCCUCGCUUCUCACCGCACACACACGACAGCCCCGCCGGGGCAGCACAAGCAUCCCAUCCACCCCCACCCUGCCGGGGUCAUGGCGCUGGGCCCCCUUCCUCUGCAUGAACCAGAAAAAGAGAAACCAUGGACUCAAACCCAAGCAUCUGGCCGGUGUACAGGCCCCCCUCAUCAGCUGCAUAGCGUCGGUGGGCCUCCUCACUACCCAGCACAUCUCCUGAACUGGGCUCAGGUUCAUCAUCCACCUCCAUCCCACCUCUGCUGGAAGCCCUCCGAGGAAAGGGGGGCAGUUUUGAGCUGCUCUCUGCUGCAUCCUCCCUGCGUGCUGGUGGAUUUUGCUUUGCUGCUAUCAAGAUCCCUGUCUGCUGCCAUGACUCCUGCCUGCUCCCAACCUGAGUUCCUGCUUCCCAGCAGCCUCGUCCAGGGAACUGCAACUCAAUCCAUUUGCCAAGUCCAUUUUUCAUGCGUACCUGUGCAAGGAGGGCCGUGUUUGGACGGGUGAGUAAAGACUAUCUGUUCAUUUUCUCUUCCCAGCACAGGCUGGCUCCUUCCCAGGAGAGCAAGUAGGUUUGCACCCUGGCUCCAGGCAAGUGCUGCGCCAAGAAGGAUGCUCUCUCUUCUUCCUCCCUUCUCCCUUUGGAGCAGAGACUGGCGAUGCUGGGAGAAGAGAGGAGGAGAAUGACAACUGCUUCCCAUCAGCACAGAGAGGAGCUGGGGCUCCCCCAUCCAUGUCUGGGUGGUAGCAUCAUCCCUGCAGCCUCCUCCUCACCCACCACCCAGCCUGGAUCCUUUACCCCAGCACCCACCUCUGCCCCUCACAUACAGCACUGGCGUUCCCUUGCUCCCAACUCCCGGGAUGGGAUGGGGGCAGCCAGGCUGGCUGCUGGCUCGGGGCACAAACCUCCAUGGCCCACGUGACUCCUUCCAGCGACAACAAGGAAUGCAAGCUUUAGUGACAAACUGCAGAAUCUGAUUGUGCUUCAACAAAAACAAACAAGCCUUUCGCUGUCUUCUCCUUUGAGCGCAUGCCUUUUUAUAGGGAAAAAACCAACCUACCGUGUAUUUCGUAACUUGAUUUUGAGUAUUUGCUGAAAUGGAUCUUUAUGUAAUAACUAGAAACAUUCAACUGUUUAAGUGGGGUGGGAGGGGGGAUUUUCGGGGGUUGCUGUUUUUCAUUGCGUUUACAUUUGAAGUGGGGGUGUUCUGCCACGAUGCUCCUGCCAGGGGUCCCAUGGCUGCCAGCCCCCUCCUCUCACACCGUGGUGGCUUGUCCCAUUCUGUCCCGCAGCGCUGGGUGGCAAAAACACCCAUCUCCAGGGGCGCCCAUCUCCAGGGGCGCCCAUCUCCAGGGCACCCAUCUCCAGGGGCGCCCAUCUCCAGGGCACCCAUCUCCAGGGCGCCCAUCUCCAGGGGCGCCCAUCUCCAGGGGCACCCAUCUCCAGGGCAUCCACCUCCAGGGCAUCCACCUCCAGGGGCACCCACAUUGCUGUGGUGCCUUCCUGCACCCCAUGGGUCUUCCUGCAGGGCAAACCACAGUGGUGGCUCUGGCAGUGCCACCAGCAUGUGGCUUUCAGGACAGAAGACAUGGCUGGGAAGGGGAACGUUGGUCUCACCUCUUUGCCAUCAGGUAGAGGUCUGAGGGUGGGUGUUCUUCUGGCAAUUCUUCCAUUUCACAUUCUCUUUUUCCCGACUGGAGCCUCUUUACUCACUGAUGUGAGGCUCCUGCAGCACUGCUGCCCUGGGGUACUUUCUAGCUCCACUCUCUUUGUCUGCAUGGUGUUUAACUUUCUAGACGGUGCGUGUGCUGAAAAACAAAGAAACGAACAAAAACUGCUUGUUUUGGACCUAAAAAAAAAAAAAGGAAAACGUAAAAAAAAAAAAGGAAAAAAAAAAGAGGAAAUAUUUCCUCCAUGUAAAUUCUGAGUGUGUAUUUUGCCUUUUCUGUGGUUUUGAAUGCUUUGCUCUCUGUUGAGGCAGGGAUGGCCACCAUGCCAAACGCAGCUGCAUCCUUGCAGACUGCAAAAAUAUUUUCCCACUGGAUGGAGGGGAAGAAAUCUAAACUGCGGGGGCACGGACAGGCCCUGAGAAGUGUUUUGGUGUGUUCCUCUGUGCCAGCAGUGCGAUGGCUGCUGGUGUUUGUAGGAGAUGCCUUUUUGGGGGCAAAUCACAGAGCUGAUCCAUGGGUGCCCAUGGGGUUCCCCAUGCCUUUGGUGGACCUGUGCACCAUAGGCUUGCAAGAGUUCCCCAAAGCAGGGAAAUCCAUGCAGGGAAAGGAUUAGUUUUAAAGGUAGAGUUUGGGUGUUUUUACAGAUCUGUUUUUCUUCCUGUAGUCAUGUAGUGCUGAAGUUUUUUUAAUUUUUAAAGGAAGGACUCAGCUCUUUCACAGUUCUCUCUCUCCCUCUCCAGUGCUGGCUCUGAAGCCAGCUGUGGUCAGUGUCAUUCACCUUCUGAUGUCCAAGCUCUCCAGGUGUCAAGAGGAUUUUUGGGAACUGGUAUAAGGUGGAUGAUGAUGGAGGACAUCAUAUCAGGGCUCUGCCUGGGGGCUGUAGGGAAGAUGCCAUCACAGCCUGGUUUUGAAGCUGCUGAUAGCUGUGGACCUUGGAUGGUCUGUGAGGGUGAAGCUGCUCCAGCAGCUGCUACUGAGAAAGGACUGGGAUUGGGAGUCUGGUGGGAUUCCUUGGGAAUAACAGAUGAGAUGUUGGGGUAGAUACAAUCUCCUUUCACUGAGAACCCACAGUCACUUCUAGGGAGAAGCAUCUUGACUCCCUGGAAGGCUUUGAGGUGUCUUUUUGGAGGGAGUUUCUCCUCCUUGAGUUUUCCCUAAGGUCAUCUCCCCUGGAGGCAGCUGGAUGUCCUUGCAACACUCCUUUGCAAGGGAAGCAGAAUCUGAAGUUUAAACUCAUUCUAGUCUUCCAGUCAAGCUGCAGCCUGACCAAGGAAGACCCAACCUCCCAACAUGCCCAUGCUGGCAGCAUUAAGCACCUGCACUUUAGGGGUCUGUCCUGCCUGGUGUCUCUGCCCCACCUUGCCCUGCUUCUCCAGAGUGGGUUCCUGUAUCUCCAGAGCAUCUCAGCAAGCACUGAUGGACCUCCACCCUUUCUUUCAGUAUUCAUGGAAAGCAUCUGUUUCUGUCUUCCUUCGCAUUUGCUGAUUUCUCCUAAACUUGCAGGAAAGCUAUAUGAAUAAGUUUCCACCAUCCUUCUUUGGCUGGAAGAGCCAGGGAUGCUGCUGUUACUUCUCUACUUUUAAGCUGUUGACACUGUCCCUGACACAUGCAAACGGGCAUUGCCCCAACAAUCUCACCAUGGUUCUGGGAAUGACAGCAUCCAGAGAUGUUCCUAAUAAACAACAUGGACAGGGCCAUCUUGUUGGGAUAGAGUUUACCACCAUGGACCUCCAGUCCCAUCAGCCUCAAGGCUGGAGAUCAGGCUAUGGCACAUUUAAUUUCCUGGCACAGACAGAACUCCUCUCCUCUGGUCUCCUGGUGCCUGGGUCAAACCAAACUCGGAAGUCCUCCAUACUCAUCCUCUCUUCCACCUCUCCCAGUCCCCAGGGGAUGUCUAACUGGAGGCACUUGCUGUAGUGGUGUUGAGCUCCCAGCUCCACAGGUGGGUUUGGGAGCUGCCUGAUUUCCCUUCCUGUCUGCCAGUGUCCACUGGCAACAUCAUAAUUUCUCACAUCUUGCUGAUGCAUUCCCUCUGGAAGACAAAGAGGCCUCUGGUCUUUGCUGGAGGAGCAGACACCUUCCUCACCCCAGCCAGACACCACUGGGAGAGUUGUCUUCCCUGCAUGAAAUGCCCCUUCUGCCAGGCACCAAAUCCUUGUCUGACCCCAAACCUGCCUCUCCUCCCAUGGAUACCCCCAUGGAUCGCCAGAAGCUGGAGCAGGCAGCAGUCAUCUACUCCCACCUGGAGCUCCUGGCAGGCUCUGCAGCCCAUGGUGGGAUUGCAGUGCCAUGUGUGAGGGGGCAGCCCCACAGCCCCAUGGACCAGGAGUGUCUGCCAGCAGGAGAUCACGUCCUCUGAUCACCCCAGGAGACAGAGUGACCCUUCUUCCCCACCACAGGAUGGGUUGUAGUGUACCCCAUGCUCUUGAUGCUGCACAGAUCCUCCAGCCAGCAGAGACCUCGCCCUUGCCCUUGUCCGUGUCCCAAGGUGCAGCUCCCAUCCGUAUCAGACAGGGAAACUCAGGCAUGAGCAGGCUGUGGGGACGCCAGAGCAGGGGCUGGUGGCCACUCUGCCACCAGAUUCAUCUGAAUCUCCUUCCCUCCUGCAGGUCAUCAACAGGGAGUGGGAGAGAGGGAGCAGUGGAGGGGACUGUAUCAAAUGGCUCCUUCCUUCUUUGGAUUGUUGUCCCUUUUUUCUAAUUGUUGCACAAUUUUAGGGCUUUUGUAACAUUUUUUGGACAAGCAGGGAAAAUAUGUUAACAGUGGUUUAAGGAAAGAAAAUGAGACCUAUCUCUCUCACUUAUAUAUUAUAUAUAUAUAUAUAUAAAAUAUAUAUACUUACAGGAAAUCUCUAUGGAAAUAUUUAUUUAAGAUGAUUGCAAAAAA